AUGGCUCUCUAUCGGAUCGACUUCCCAUCCUCCACGAUCUUCAAGGAGCGGAGGCAGCGAAGGCAGCCGGGAUUGCCGAUCCUCUCAUCCAUCCCAACGUCUCAGCACAGCAUCCACUCUCCGGACAACUUCCGCUCCUUUUCCUGCUCGGUUCACAUCGGGACCCCUUCUUCAUCAGAAGCCGAGCCAAACCCCUUCCUAAACUGCACUCCCACUCCACCCAUCCAGCCAAAUAUUGCCAGGUGGCAGCUGACACGCAAUCUGGUGCUCAAAUUAAUCAUGGCAGCAGGAAUACUACUUAGCAUCGUUCUGGCCGUCUCCCUUUUCACCGGCACGUUUGCUUCCGAGAAGAAGGGGCCCAAAGUGACAGACAAGGUGUGGUUCGACAUGUCCAUUGGAGGCGAACCGGCUGGAAGGAUCGAGAUCGGUCUGUUCGGGAAGACUGUCCCCAAGACGGUGAAGAACUUUGUUGAGCUGGCCAAGCUUCCCAAGGGAGAAGGAUACAAAGGGAGCAUGUUCCAUCGUAUCAUCAAGGAUUUCAUGCUCCAGGGUGGGGAUUUCACUAAGGGAGAUGGCACUGGAGGUAGGAGCAUUUAUGGGGACAGGUUUGAUGAUGAGAACUUCAAGCUGAACCAUUAUGGAGCCGGAUGGAUUUCCAUGGCCAAUGCUGGCAAGAACACCAAUGGAUCCCAGUUCUUCAUCACAGUGAAGAAGACCUCUUGGCUUGAUGGACGACAUGUUGUCUUUGGCAAGGUCAUCAAGGGCAUGGAUGUUGUGAAGAAAAUUGAGGCCACAACAACCGAUGGGCGGGACCGACCGACCAAGGACGUCGUCAUUGAAGACUGCGGACAUGAAGAGGUUGCAGAACCGUUCACUGUCUCCAAGGAUGAUGCCACCGAGUGACCGCCCGUUUGAAAUCUGACUGGGGCCGCGGCUUGCAGUUCCGACCCCACUUCCCUCUCGCCCUGCCUUCGAUUGCUGUGAUUCCUUUCUUCUUGUUAAACAUUAUCUUUUUGCAGUGCUCUCAAUAAUCUUUUCCAUCUGUUCCUUGAUUCUCCCUUGUCGAUCUCUCUGACCCCGGGCAUUCCGCAGCAACUUGCCGCAUCUGUUUGGAAGUUUCUGUUGGUUCCUGUGCUUGUGGUCUUGGAUGUUUUAUCAAUGUUGGGUCUCAUCUCUUUGUCUGCAUCGUACGCGCAAGAAUCGCCCUCUGUUCCUCGGGGGAGCAUCAGUCUGGAGGGCGUCCUAUCCUUGCAAUCUGAUCCAUUCCUGGUUGAGUAUCUUUGCAAUAAAGUCAGUGUUUCUGUUGAUCUUUUGCCAUGUUGGCAAUAUCACUGCCAUUUCUUGUUCUGGAUGUCAAUGAAUUAGAAACCUCACUUUUU